AUGAUAAACAAGCUUGUAGCAUAUGAGUCUGUUUUCCAUAUUGAAUAUUCCGACGAGACUAUUGAGUCGGACGGCUCUGACGAUACUUCUGAUACUGCCACCAAGACUUCCACUGAUAGCAAGUCUACCGCCACUGCCACUGCCACUAUCGCUGUCAUCCCUUCUUCUACCUCAGCUGCCGCUGCCUCUGCAACAGCCACUGUUGCUGUCAUACCUUCUUCUACCUCGGCUGCCGCUGCCGCUGCAACCAGCACAGCCGCCGAUGACACCAAUACUAGCAGCACUGAUGCGGACACUAACGAUGAUGACGAAGACGACGACGAAGACGAUGAAGAUGACGAACGCGAAGACGACGAGGAAGAGGCUAGCACCGAUGCCACUAAGGAGAAAAAACACCGACACGGGCACGGACACGGUCACCACAAGCUCCGAGCUAGAGCCGUUCUCUCCUCUACGUUGAAGACAUCAGCCUGCAACGCAGCCAACGCCGGCAAGUUCUCGACUGUCAUCAAGAACAUGAACCUCGAUGCCUGGGUUGAAUAUUGCUAG